AUGGCUUUCCACCUAAGAUCGAUAAGUUUGCCUUCAAGGCCUCAGGCCAACGAGGCCGAAGUCGAGCAAGGGUUGCUGAGCAUAGAGGCAAGCAUAUCUUCCUCCACCACUAUCAGCACCAUGUGUGAUGGUCUGAGGAGGCUCGGAGACAUCUACAAUGGUGUUGAAGAUAUUAUUGGCCUCCCAAGCAACCAAGCUAGGAAGAUGCUAGAUGGAGAGAUGGAGCGCUCUCUUGAGCUGUUGGAUCUCUGCAGCAGCAUGCAAGAGAUCUUCAUGGAGAUGAAGGCCAUCAUCCAAGAGCUGCAAGUGGCUCUAAGAAAAGGAGAUGAUGCAGCUACUCAAGCAAAGAUCAUGUCUUAUACUCGUUUGGCGAAGAAGGCCAAGAAACAUUUCAAGAAGACCAUGAAGAAGGCUACAUCGGAGGGUGGCAGGAUGGUCAUGCUAUUGACAAAGGCUAGAGAGAUUUCUGUAUCUCUACUGGAGUCCACAAUCCAUCUUUUGUCGAAGCAAAUCGAAAUGCCUAAAAAGUCUCUCAUCUCCAAGGCAUUUCACAAGAAGAAGGCAGUUGUUUGCGAGGAGGAGGAAUUACAGGAGUUAGAGUGCAGUAUCGGAGAUCUUGAGAGCGGAGCAGGACAUCUAUUCAGGAAACUGGUUCAGAACAGAGUUUCUCUCCUAAACAUUCUUAGCUCAUAG